AACUGCAGUGAGUACUUGCAGUUGUUGCAAAGUGCGAACGUAUGGGUAACCAAAAUAGUGUCUACUUCGGCGCCCCUCCUGUUCGAAAAAAGGCUCCGCAACAUGCGGACAUACAAGAAGCUUGGCGGCAGAUCGCCUCGAAGGUCGCCCGUGACAAAGGUUUUGAGCACGGGCGCAAACGUAAAGUGGCCAUAAUAGGAUCGGGUGUGGCAGGUUUAGGUGCCGCGUACCAUUUGCUGACCUGCACAGCGCCUGGUGAGGAAGUAGAACUGGUAGUAUAUGAGGCCAGCGGCACUCCUGGCGGUCAUGCACACACGGAGCUAGUUCGGGAGGAAGACGGCAAGGUAAUCGCGUGCGACACAGGGUUCAUGGUUUUUAACCAUCAAAAUUACCCGAACUUGGUGGAACUCUUCGCAGAGCUGGGCGUGGACGACGAGAACACAAACAUGAGCUUCGCGGUCUCCAUGGACGAAGGGAAAGUCGAGUGGUGCUCAGAGUCCGUCAAAACCUUGGCCGGGCCCGUCUAUCGAGCCAUGCUCAAGGACAUGCUUCGCUUCAAUCGCACCGCAUCCAACCUUCUCCUAGCCGAACCCGAGGACCCGCGCCGGGCGUGGACUUUGGCUGAAUUCCUCGAGAAGGAGAAAUACGGACCUGAAUUCACCAACUACUACAUCGUCCCCAUGUGCGCCGCCCUCUGGUCGUCGUCGGCCGCGGACGUCCUGGCUGCCUCAGCCUACGCGCUUUUGACCUUCAUGGACAACCACUGCAUGCUCCAGCUUUUCAACCGGCCGCAAUGGAAGACGGUGGCGCAGCGGAGUCAGACCUACGUGCAAAAAAUUGUUGCCCUGCUGGGGGAGCGUCUCCGCUUGAAUGCGCCCGUGAAGAAGGUGGUGGUGCAUGGGAAAGGCAAGGUAGAAGUGACGGACGCGAGCUACCACGCCGAGACCUUUGACGAGGCGAUUUUUGCCUGCCAUCCCGACCAGUCCCUGGCGUUGCUGGAGGGGGAGGCGCGGGUCCGCCUGGCCCCGUACCUGGAGGCCUUCAAAUACGCGCCGAAUGCGUGCUACCUGCACAGCGACCCGCGGCUGAUGCCCCGCAAGAAGGAGGCGUGGGGAAGUUGGAACUAUAUUGGCACGUCGGCAGGGAUGCUCGGGCCGGGUCGGGAGAAGCCUGUUUUUGUGACUUACUGGCUGAAUCAGCUUCAGAACCUUGAAACCGAGACUCCCUACUUCGUCUCCUUGAACCCCCUCUUCCCCCCCGACCGGGCAUUGACCCACAAAAUCCUCCGGGAGUCCCACCCGCAAUUUACCCCCGCGACGGAAGCGGCCCAACGCAGGAUGACCGAGGUGCAGGGUCAGGACGGGCUCUGGUUUUGUGGGGCCUGGAUGGGCCAUGGCUUUCACGAGGACGGCUUACGGUCAGGCUUGGAGGUGGCGACGGCCUUGAGCGGUCAAAAGGCAGCCUGGAUGCCGCCCGAGGCGGAGGCUCCCGUGUACCCGAUGGUGAAAGCGCAUAUGAAUGCACGGAGUACUUGGGAACGCUGCCAAGAUUUGCUGGGUCAAUUAGCCUGCGUUCCCAUUCGCAACUUUUUAGCCUCGUCCAUUCAAGAAGGAUGCCUGGUCCUGCGCCUACCCGGGACAGGAGACAAAUUGUGGUUUGGAGACCGGACGGCGGGGAGGAAGGAGACGGUGGUGUUGCGGGUGCAGAGUUGGUGGUUUUUUGUCCGCGUUGCCCUAGAGUACGACCUCGGGCUAGCGCGUGCCUACAUGGCCGGCGAAUUCGAAGUCGAGGGGACCGGGUGGAACAGCGACGGGCUGACCAGGCUCUUUCUCUUGUUCAUUCGGAAUCGGGAUGCCCCCUCUGGCGGGAAGAGGUUCGCUGUCUCGGCGCUGUUGACCUCGUGGAUAGGCUACGGCCUGAAUUUCCUCCGGUACCGGCUCUCGAUGGACAACUCAUUGGCCGGCUCUCGGCAGAACAUCUCGGCGCAUUACGACAUUGGGAACGAUCUCUACACGCUCAUGCUGGACAAGUCACUCAUGAUGUACUCGUCGGCCAUAUAUCACCUAGAGCUGACCCCUUCCUCCCUCACGGCCUCCGCUGAGGCUACUUCUUCGGACCUUGUACCCGCCGGAAAUGGCAAUGGUGUCGUCGUCAAGUCCUCCUUUCCUCCCUCUUCCUACUCUAUGGCAUUCAAAGGCUCCUUGGAAGACGCGCAGCUUCGGAAGGUUGAUACGUUGAUCCGGACAUGCCGAGUCGAAAGAAAGCAUACCUUACUCGACAUUGGCUUCGGUUGGGGCGGGAUCGCCAUUCGGGCUGCGGAGACGAUUGGAUGCAAGGUAGUGGGCAUCACCCUGAGCAAGGAGCAAAAGGCGUUGGCCGAGGAGAAGGUCCGGGCGAAAGGACUCGAGCAUUUGAUCCAUUUUGAGCUGGUCGACUACAGGGUGUUCGCACGCCGGUAAGCAUCCCGGCGAAUUCGACCGGAUUAUUUCAUGUGAAAUGAUCGAAGCUGUCGGGCACAGUCACCUGGGCGAAUAUUUUCACGCGGUGGGCAGCCUGCUUAAACCGUCUGGAGUCUUUGUGAUGGAGGCGAUCACCACGCCUGAAAGCCGUUACGUGGACUACCUUAAAAGCACCGACUUUAUCAAUACGAUCGUCUUCCCGGGCUCCUGUUGUCCCUCUCUUACGUCUCUGUUGGAGGCAAUGGCCCGGCACAGCGCCCUCAGUCUGGAGGGUUUAAUCAAUAUCGACGUUCACUACGCCGAGACACUCAGGGAAUGGCGACGUAGGUUCAACCGCGGUCUUCAUGCGGUGAAAACUCAGGGCUUUGAUGACGUUUUUGUGCGCUGCUGGAAUUACUACCUUUGUUACUGUGAGGCGGCUUUUGAAAGCAAGACAGAGGGAUGUUUGAUUUUGACUUUCUCUCGCCCGGGAAACACCCUCAGCCUCACUGACAACACCCCGUGCCGUGUCCUCUCCUCUACGUCUCCCUCCGCAACCUUUUUCGCUUCCGAGGUGGUUACAAAUAUGGUGAGCAUCGGAACCAGUCCGCGGAAGAAGGGGUCAAGAGAUGGUGGGAGUGGGCCGUCGACCCCGCAGCGACUGUUGCAAUAUGCCCGAGAGAAGUUCACAGUGGGAACGGAAUAAUAGAAGUGAUAAAAGAAGAACCUCAUGUUCAAGCACUACUGUUCCAUGUUUCUCAGCUUGUGGGGGGUAUUGAACGACAACAGUGGUUGAAAGCUUACAUGCAGGUUUUGAGCUUGAGUGAGCUUCUUAUCUAUAACAAUGUAGAAACUCAGGAUCAAAUGUGCAGGACAUCAGCUCGGGAGGUCUGAGCUGUUUUUUGGGAGCAAUCACACUUCUUACUGGACGACAAUUGAGACUUUUACGGUUCAGAAACCCUUUCCCGAAAAUAUGUGUUGGUCCGUACCGAUUUUCAUACUAGAUGUAAGGGGGAAAAAAUGAUGACGCUCCAUAAAACCAGCCGAUAAUAGUUGCUUUCCCACCGCUUAACGGGCUACAGCUUUCACGGUCAUGUUUACUACUAGAUUCAUUCCAUUCAUUGCGCUGUGCGGGUCGAUCCGACAUUCUUGACGUGCCAUUUCUCCUCUUGGAUGAUUUCCACGCUUAUCUUCUCAAAUUUCAUUGCAACACCUGCAUCCAAACAUCACCGAAUAAGCAAACCUUCGCAAACCCAACGAGGGCUAGAAAGCUUGCCUAUCCUCAUGUCUGCUGCCUCACUGAAGCUUGCUCUUGUGGGCGCGGUGGAAGAUGCUUCAACUGUUGCUUUGAGACCGCAGCCGCUCUUGCCAAGGCGGCAAGGGUAACAGGCUGGCCACUGGGUCGAUCAAGGGCCUGCUCUUUGUGCCUAUGCGCUUGCUGUUGUCUUCGCAGCACCGUUGGCCCCUCCCCUUCGCACUUCUCCUUCUGAUCUCCUUGGCCGGGGGAGAGCAAGGAGGGGCGACCGGCAGGAGCAGGGCUGCAUGUCGUGCGGACGCUUUUCUGUGACGGAGACGAUGGUCGAGGGUGACCGCGAGCAGGGCCCACGACGUCCGUCGGACCGACCGGUCCGAGAGGGGCAGAGGGAAAUGUCGAAGGCGGCAAGGGAGCAAACGGAGCAACGAGAGAUUGGGGAAGCUGCGGUGCGGGGACGCCGUUGCUAGCCAUCCGCGUGCUGAGAGCCAUACGGGCGGCUGCCGCCAAUGCGGUGCCGGAACUUGGUGACCUGUGCGACUCCAACCUGGCCUUCUCCACGCCAAGCAUACCAUCCUCUCCCCUCUUCUCAUCACCCUCCUUCUUUUGUCCCCCCAAGGCAUUCGGUAGCAUCAUCGACAAGGCCGUCAGCAAACCUCUUUCUUUGGAGCCCUUCUCCGCACUCUCGGGCAAUGCCUGCUUCUCCACUUCCUCCCCUACCCCCUUCCCUUCGUUUUUCAGGCUCCCGUUGACAGCGACUCCAAUGCUCAAAUUCCUCUCGCCAUCGUCAUCGUCCUUUUCCCCUUCCCCCCCCGGGACCGUCCCCUGGCUGCCCUCACCGGCCCCUUUCACUCCCGCAAGCUCUUCCCCCUCGUGUUUUUUUUCCUCCUCCUUCAAUCCCUUUUCCCUUUGACCUAAGCCUUGCCGCCUCUUCUCCCCCCGUCGGCCUUGCCUCCGCUUCCUCUUGCCCCGAAAGACGUCCUCCACCUCCUCCUUGCUCAACAAGCCCACAAUACCUUUCCUCGACACGGUGCCCUCCGUCCCUGUGAAGCCGUCGAUGAGCCGCCGCAUGUCGAAAUGAUGCCGGCUCCGGUCCGAGUAAACCGCCUCGAUCAUCUUUUUCGUCUUGCCCGUCUGUGUGUCGACCAUGGCUUCGAUCUUGGAGCCAAAGCGGGCUGUGUACAGUUGGGGCUUCAAGGCCCCCCCGGACGGCACCAGCCAGU